AAUUGUAGGUGAUGAUGAUGGAGGAAAGCUCUUUACCCCCGAGGAGUAUGAAGAGUACAAAAGAAAAGUAUUACCAAUUCGGUUACAGAACAGGUUGUACGUGAGCUGGAGAUCACCAACAGGCAUGGACUGUAAGCUUGUGGGACCAGAGACGCUGUGCUUUUGUACGCACCGGUAUAAACAACACAAAACAGACUAUGAAGUGAUUCCCAAAGACCGUCCUAUUUGUGUGCCUUGUAGAGCGAGCCGUUGUCCCUGCCAGUCCUAUCACUACGUCCCUCUGAAUGGCACGCAGCCCGUCCGUUGUAGGUGCAAACACUUUGCUGAUGAGCACAGCGCAGCGCCUGGAUUUGCAUGUAACUCUUGUUCCAAGUGUUCGGGCUUUCAUAGUUGCUUUACCUGUGCAUGUGGCCACCCAACAUACGCUCAUGAAACAGUCGUGGAAACUAAACAAGAGCGCUUAGCCCAAGGAAAGCCUGUGGGGCAGGACGUUCCUUACGCUGCUAUGGGAGGACUGACUGGUUUUAGUUCACUUGCAGAAGGUUACAUGAGACUCGAUGACAGUGGACUAGGGGCUCCUUCUGCUGAGCUUUUAGGAUGCCCCACUACCAGCAUGGAUCAUCCAUUUCUAAAACCAUUUCAGGGACCUUCUAGUUCUGCUCAACCCAUCUCACAGAUAGCAGAUGCUGUAUUAGUAGGAUAUUCUAGUGCCACAAGGCAAGUUUCUCAUGGAGAGCGUUCAGAAGAUGAUGACAUGGCUUACUUUGAAAAACGUUAUCAAGAACGGCUGAAAAAGGAGAAGGCUGCUCAACGGAAAGAGAGAAGUCCAGUGCCAUCAAAGAAGCCAUGA